AUGCCGAUCACAUCGCGUUGUCGUCCAUCUUCACAUCGGAUGUCACGAACAGUCACGGAGUGCGCUUCCAUCGACUUUGAGGUCUCGGAGCGCUGCGCGACACCGGCCCAUCAGAUGCGUGGUGCUCAAGAGCUCAGCAGCACGGCCUGCGCACAUAUAUCGCCUAACCUAAGCACGUAAGGAUCAAGUGAUUGUGCUGGACAUUGCAGGCCUCUCGAGACGCUCCAUUCAUCGGAAGCGUAAGGAUGGCGCAAAUCGGCUCGCCAGCUUCGACUCUGAUAGAUCCCACUCAACGACGCUUCCGCGGCAGCACCAAGAUCGCAGAGUAUGAGGUGAUGCCGGAGAAGCUCGGAGAGGGCACGUUCGGUGUUGUCUCCAAAGCAGUAUCGAAGCGAACUGGCAACCUCGUCGCUCUCAAGAAAAUCCUGAUGCACAAUGAGAAGGAUGGCUUCCCCAUUACAGCCUUGCGGGAAGUCAAGCUUCUCAAAAUGCUAAGUCACCCGAACAUCUUGCGCUUGGAGGAGAUGGCUGUUGAGAGGCAGCAAGGUGGGUCGAGAGCUAUUUGCAAAAGUGGCAAGAAGCGAGCCACGCUCUACAUGGUCACACCGUAUAUGGACCACGACCUUAGCGGCAUGCUUACCAACCCGGACAUCCGCUUCUCGGAAGCACAGAUCAAGUGCUACAUGCAGCAACUCUUGGAAGGUCUGCGCUAUUUGCAUGAUUCCCACAUCCUUCACCGAGACAUGAAGGCUGCCAAUAUACUGAUCUCAAACAAGGGCAUCUUGCAAAUUGCAGACUUCGGCUUGGCGCGGCAUUAUAGUGGUACCCGACCUCAGCCGGGCAAGGGCAAUGGCGAGGCUGACCGGGAAUACACCAGCCUUGUCGUAACGCGCUGGUACCGGCCGCCUGAGCUGCUCCUAACGUUCAAAUGGUAUACUCCUGCAAUUGAUCUAUGGGGUGUAGGAUGCGUGUUCGGCGAGAUGUAUGAGCGCAAGCCGAUCCUAGAAGGCCGGACCGACCUAGAUCAAUGCCAUCGGAUCUUCCAGCUCGUUGGCUCGCCCACCGAAGAAAGUAUGCCGGGCUGGUCCGAGCUACCCGGUUGCGAAGGACACAAAGACUUCGAGGCGCAGAAGGGCGAUAUUGACAAGCGCUUUGCCUCGCGCAUGAGUCCAGAGGGUCUGAACUUGCUCAAGCAGUUGCUGCUACUCGACUAUAGGAAGCGCAUUAACGCCAUCGAUGCGCUGCAGCAUGAAUUCUUCAAGACCAAGCCGUAUCCAGCUAGGCCAGAAGACUUGCCGAAGUAUGAGGAUAGCCACGAGCUGGAUGCGCGCCGCAGAGGGCACGAGAAGCAGCGCGCGCUUCCACCUGCACCGGCUGGUGGCACUGUCGGUAUGGGACCAGACGAUUGGGACAGCACUGGAGCGAUGGGCGGAACAUAUUCAAACGGGUACGGGUUCGCAGAUCGACUGCCAAGAGGAGGCUAUGGCCGCGAAAGAGGUCCGCCUGGUGGUCCACCACCGAGAGGAUACGAUGACCGCCGCGGCGGCAGACCACCACCAGUGCAAGCCCCACCUACCCGUGAACCGGGGUGGAGACAGGAACAGCGUGGUCGAGCUCCUCCGCUGCCAUCGAACAGUCACCACCUUCCACCACGACCGGCGGAUUUACCGCCUCGUCCUGACGCUCCUGGUCGUGGUCCCACUGCCGCACCACCUGGUGCCGGAGCUCCAGCCGGGGCCGGAGCCGGAGGCGGUAGACGCGGACCAGACGUCGAUACGUAUAUACCCAACUACGAUGAUCGACGGCCCCCACCACCCCGCCAUUACGAUGGUAGCCGCCGAAACAGCAAGGAGAACGCAUACCGUGACCCAGAUGCGCCGCCUCCACCACGUGGCUAUCGCGACGCAGACGUGCCGCCGCAACGUUACCGUGACAUGGAUGCGCCGUAUCGUGACCGCGAUCGUGGCGGGUAUGGUGACCAAAGACGGACGAGGAGUCGAAGCCCUGACCGGGAUCGGGCGCAGAGGGAGAGUGAUGCGAGGCGCGAGCGCUUGCAAAACCGAGAGAGGGACAUGUAUCGGCGAUGACAGCUGCUGCUCUCCCAAAGACCAAGACCAAUUGGAAGGAGCACCGAUGAUACUGCUUACAGCCGAAGGAUCCUACAUGCAGUCAAUAUGAGAAUUGCGCUCAAUAUCAUCGCGGGAUAGCUCUGGAGUAACGUCUCAGCACCGCGACAGAAGAACGUGAGACCCGAGACAUCGAUCAUGACUGUCACAGACCCGGCUGCUCGCGUUAGUGACGCCCCGGGACACAACAACCACAGAUGUACCCAAGCCACGUAGGCGGAUGUGGUCUAGAUAAGGCGUGCCAAU